UUCAAAAUAAAUUAAACGGAAAGAAAGAAAGAAAAGACAAUGACGUGGUGCUUUCAUGUAGGAUUGAAUCUUCCUAAAGGACAAUUGCGCUUCGUGGACCAAUGGCCCCUCUUGAACCCCAGCGAGCCGCUCUUCAUACUGGCCUCGUACCUCGCCUUUGUCCUGAAGGUCGGGCCCGCCUUAAUGGAGGGCCGCCCUCCGGUCCAGAUAAAGGGCUUCCUCAUAUUUUACAACGUGAUCAAAGUUAUCAAUUCCGCCGUUUUAGCGUAUAAGUUCUUUUCUUACAUUGUCGAUAAGGGUCUAUUUCCGAGAAAAUGUGAACAUGAUGAAGUAACUUUAUACACAAUCGCCGCUCUCUACUGGAAAUACAUGGCCACAAAGAUCCUAGAUCUGUUCGACACGAUAUUCUUCGUCAUCCGCAAGAAGUACAACCAGGUGACGUUCCUCCAUGUCUACCACCAUUCGUUCAUGGUGGUGAUCACGUGGGUGUGUCUCAAAUACGACCCGUCGGACCACUGGGCCUUCAUGGCGGUCAUGAACUGUCUGAUACAUUCGGUCAUGUACACUUACUAUGGAGUGGCAGCCCUGGGACCACGGUACGCGAGGUACUUGUGGUGGAAGAAGUACUUAACUAUGAUGCAGUUGAUACAAUUUGUGCUGGUGAUCGGUCACGUGGUCAUCCAAACCUACACCUCCGAGUGUCCCAUGCACGCCAGCUCGUACUGGAUCGGACUGUCAAACCUCGCUCUCUUUAUCUGCCUGUUCACAGACUUCUACAAAAAGCGGUACAGAGCUAAAGGAAAUAUGCCCAUAGGCUUAGCCUUCACUAAGCAGGUCACAGAGUAAAAGUUUAGAAAUAAGAUGUUUAGUUGAUUUCUAGAAAAUAAUGAACAAGUAAACAAUGUA